CACACACACACACACACACACACACAAGUUGGUUACAAGUUAUUAGUAGAGUAUUUUGGGUUAUGAUUAGGGUGUGUGGGUGUGUGUGUUGGGUUCCCCCCCAUACAAUUUUCCUGUAAAGGUAGGCCUACAUCAAAAUCUUUGUUUUCUAAAUAUCACCCUGGUCGGCUAUUUAAGCCGACAAUUCCUUGACUCAAAAACAGAUCAUUCUGAUGUGCACAGUUUUCUAUGAUCACUUGAACCGACCCUUUUUCUAUGGAUGUAAAAAAAAAAAAAAAAAAUUCAAUAUGAAGGACGCCUAAUUAAGAGGAAAUUAUUGAAACAAGGUCAUGUGUCGUGCAUGUUAAACACGUUAGCUAGUUUGCAUUAGAAAUCCCAGUGCAUGGAGGUCAAAGUUUAGUCAAGCUCAGAGGACUAUAUACAGGGAGCACGUGAUCUACACCAUGCUUUAUAUGAGAAGCAACGUUUUUUGAAAAUCUUAAUAUACUAUAUGUAAUUAUUCUUAUAUAAUGAGAUGGAACAUAAGUCGAUACUCCUUAUACACGUUCACCACAUUGUGCACGCGGUACACUGUGUCCUAUGAGGAGUCAUUUGGGUUUCGUUUACAGGAAUCAAGUUCAUUCACAAAUACCCCAUCAGCUGAGCUCUAUUGUGUGUGAUGACCAAUGGGAGGUGAGAUCAUUAACACUCCUGCCUCCAACACGGAUUGAUUAGGGAAAAGCUGGGAGCAGGCUGCAGUCCACACUCAGAAGUUUGACCUUUUGGAAGAGGGUGGUAGUGAGAUGAGGGAGGAAUUUAAUUGAUGGGGCUGUUCACAUUUUAAACACAGUCUGAAACUCGACUGGACAUUAUCUAGAGCUGUGAUACCGUGAUCUAUUUUUAUUUUUAUUUUUAUUUUAUUUUUUUUUAGUUUAAAAAAAAAAAAAAAAAAACACAAACAACUACUAUUAGCAUGGACCUGGUUAACACAGCUACUUAAUAGCAGCUCGUUGGGGACGUUUUGUGUUCUUCGUUUGGUGGGAUCGCUUGAUUUAGGAGGAUGUCUGAUCGCCCAGAGAGUCCUCCAGAAGACUGCGGUAACCGCGCAUACGAGCUCUCCAGGCCCAUGUCCUCGUACUCCUCAGCGCUGGGACAUGAAGGCCUGCAGUUUCCGCACAGCAUGCUCCAAGAUCCGGGCCUGCUCUUCAAUAAGGCGCCCUUUAACGGCCUCAAUGCUGCCCACACGCAGACGUUUUUCUCUUUCCCGUCGGUCGGAGGAGAUUUCAGGCACAACGACGCGCAGGUGGGAGAUUUCUCUCAGCCCAAACACUGGUACCCGUUCACGGCCCCUGAGUACACGGGGCAGGUGGCAGGGGCCACUGCGGCUACACAGCCCGCCAACCUGAGCCCUCCUAUAGCUGAGACCCGGGAGCAAAUCAAGAUACUUGAGGUUAAGACCGAGAAGGACGGGAGUGAAGAAUACGACGGCGCUGAGACCAAACUGCAGCCUCAGUUCCUCGGCCCGGCGACCUCCGUGCCCGCCGGCGUGUACUAUUCCAGUUCUGCUCCGUGGACUCCAUCUUUUUGGCCUGGUCUCUCUCAUAUCGCAGCUCCGACUACCGUGGCCCAAGCCCCGCCGACCCCGUCUGCUUCCUCCCCUUCUUUGUCACCGUCUCCACCAGGGAACGGCUUCGGAAGUCCCGGUUUUUACAGCGGAGCCGCCGCGCAGAACGCCGCCGCCACCCAGGUGCAGAACAGCGCCCGCAGCAGCGGCUCCUCCAGCGGCGGCUGCAGCGACUCCGAGGAAGAGGAGAACUUGACCACGGAGGAUCUGGAGCAGUUUGCCAAAGAGCUGAAGCACAAGCGCAUCACCCUGGGCUUUACACAAGCAGACGUGGGACUUGCGCUUGGGAAUCUCUAUGGGAAGAUGUUCAGUCAGACGACCAUCUGUCGCUUCGAAGCGCUUCAGCUCAGCUUUAAGAACAUGUGCAAGCUCAAGCCACUGCUCCAGAAAUGGCUGAACGAAGCAGAAACUUCAGAAAACCCGCAAGAUAUGUACAAAGUUGAGCGGGUUUUCGUCGACACGAGAAAAAGGAAAAGGAGGACCAGCUUGGAGGGUUCAGUCCGCACUGCCCUCGAGUCCUACUUUCUCAAGUGUCCCAAGCCCAACACUCUGGAAAUAACGCACAUCUCUGAUGAUCUCGGCUUGGAGAGAGAUGUGGUGCGCGUGUGGUUCUGUAACCGCAGACAGAAGGGCAAGCGGCUGGCUCUGCCCUUCGACGAAGACGGUGCUGAAGGGCAGUACUACGAUCAAAGCCAGACGCCACCUCCACACAUGGGCGGCACACCGCUCUCGGGUCAGGGUUACCCGGGACCGGGCCACGCCAGCGGCAUGCCAACGCUGUACAUGCCACCUCUCCAUCGAUCGGAGGUCUUCAAACAGGCCCUUCAUCCCGGACUAGUGGGUCAUCUCUCUAGCUAAGCUAGCUGUGUCUUAGCCUUUACCUCCUUUCCAACAACUACAGGAUGAUGCAGUGCUACAAAGGAGGUUGCUCAAUCGCUCCAGGCGAAAUAGACUUCCUCUUAUGAAACAAUGCUGCAUUCAGCUCGCUUUAUCGCUCUAAAUAUUUUCAGUGGUGUUGAAAUCUGAGCCUUCCUGGUUUGGAAAUGAACACUUUAGCAUCGUAAUGCAUACUCCUCAGAUCUGAUCAGAUUUUCAAAUUUAAGCCGCUCGAUCAAAUGCAUUUGCACAAGUCGUUGUUUUUGUUUUGAAACAUGAUUUUAAUGUUUUUUAAAUGUCCCCCCCCGAAAACCACAACCAAAUUUCCUUUGCUGUGUGUGUGUGUGUGUGUGUGUGUGUGUGUGUGUGUGUGUGUGUAUAUAUUCAUCAUUCCCUUCCUAUUUUUUUAAAUGAACUUUUUUGUUUUGUUUUUUGUGGCUGAUGGGUAAGAAGAAAAGACACAAGUCAAAGGUUUUGAUCGCUUUUUAUUUUUAAAUCCUUAUGGAAAAGUCACAAAUUUGGUAUGUAAAAAAAUGAAGUUGGCCGUUGAAAGGGCAUCAAACACUGCUUCCUCAAGGCUGUAUUUGAUAACUUGCCCCUGUGCACGUUGGAUAGAUAAAUUUUUUUAAUGAAUUAUGUGCCUUAUUUGCUCGUCACAUCUCGAUGAAGACUCUCGUCUACGACCCUGUAAAUGAUGUGAAAUGUGAUAAUUUAUUGCCGAGGUGCAGUGAGGUCUUGUCUUAUGAAAAUCGACAGUACAUUUCCUCACUUGGUGUUUUAGCAAUUAAAACAAUUCCUUUUGACGGUUCAAGUCUGCUGUUCUUGUCCUUACAGAAGAAUGCUUCAUGAAUUACAGCCUUUUUAGAGGGUAUAAAUCAUCAGGUGGGGUUUUUUUUUUUUUUUGUCUUAAAGAGGCGGAUGUUUAUGACUGGUUGAAGACAUUGGUGUAGGUGGGGGAAUAUUUUCUGAAUCUGAAAUUAAACGUCAUGUUGAGAAUGCUUGAAUGAUGUGAUUUUUUUUUUUAUAAAGAGCUAGGUAGAAACCGGGAAGGAGGGGGUUGGUUCACUGAGUGAGAGUGG